AUGCUCCUACGAGGAACGCGCUUAUCACAAAGACUACGCAAGAGGUAUUUAUUUACCACCAACUUUUCAGCGUGGCCAACGAGACCCGCUCAUAUACGCCACCUACAUGACAUAAGGCCGCCAGCAUCAAAGUUCAACUCUCAACAGUCAGCGUCAAUACCCGACUUUCCAGCUGGCAUAUCAUCUCGACCAUCACCCGCAGUCACACCUGAUUCAGAGAAGAGUAAUCGUAACUGGAUGUACGUUUCCAUUGGUGUUUCACUGGUGGGCCUAAUGGUUUGGCUCAAUAGCAACUCUAAGAAACAAAAACUACCUCUCUCAGCACAGAAAAUCUGGAAGGAAGCCAUAUGGCAAGAAAGUGACAGAAUGAACUUCAACUACAAUGAGGCAUUAGGGCGAUUUAUUGAAGCGUUGAAUGUGUGUGAUCGCUCUCAUGUGGAUCCGCUAUCGGAUGAUUAUACAAGAAUAGAGCUGAAGAUUGCUGAAAUGUAUGAAAAACUGAAUAUGCUUGACGAAGCUCAAAAUUUAUAUCAGGAGUUACUAAGCCGGUUUUUCGAAGCGUUAAAUGUUCCUGGCAAGAUUGAUGAGAGUGAAAGAGGUGAAGUGCUCAGAAAAGACUUAAGAAUUUUGAUCAAAUCGUUAGAAAUUAAUAAAGAUAUAGAAAGCGGGAAAAAAAGAUUGCUGCAACACUUGCUGUUAGCUCAAGAAGAGAUUUUAAGUAAAUCUCCGGAGUUGAAAGAAUUUUUCGAGAAAAGGAAAAAAAAGUUAUCUGUGAUCAAAGACAUCAGUAGAGAUUCUAAUGACGACUUCAAAACAUUUGUCAGUGAGGAGCACAUUAAGUUUGAUGAUCAAGGUUAUAUGAUUUUAGACUUGGAAAAGAAUAGCAGUGCUUGGGAACCCUUCAAAGAAGAGUUUUUCACUGCUAGAGAUUUAUACACAGCUUACUGCCUGUCAUCAAAGGACAUAGCUACAGCUCUGACCUGUAAGAUAACUAGCGUGGAAUGGAUGGUUAUGGCGGAUAUGCCACCAGGACAAAUAUUACUUUCGCAAGCAAACUUGGGGUCCCUAUUUUAUCUUCAGGCGGAAAAGUUGGAAGCUGAUUUAAAUCAGUUGGAACAAAAAAGAAUCAGAGAAUCGGACCAAGAUUUAGAUAUGGGAACAUAUAUAAAAGCCGUGAGAUUUGUACGUAAAAAUCGCGACUUGUGUUUGGAAAGGGCACAAAAAUGUUACGAUAGCGUCGUUAGCUUUGCCAAAAGAAACAGAAAAAUUAGAUUCCACGUAAAGGACCAACUCGAUCCCUCGGUUGCACAAUCCAUUGCCCUAUCUACUUAUGGAAUGGGUGUUUUGAGCUUACACGAAGGCGUUUUGGCUAAGGCUGAAAAGCUGUUUAAAGAUUCCAUUACGAUGGCUAAGGAAACUGAUUUUAAUGAACUACUUGCAGAAGCUGAGAAGGAGUUAGAAAAGACAAUUGUCUUGAAAGCCGCAAGGAAAGAGGAAUCUAAAUCAGUACCACAGUAA